AUGGAAUAUGAAUCUAUCACAAACUACACAGGGACAAGUAGAGAGGAAACCGAAGAGAGUAACCACGUCACUACGAGCUGGCAUUUCUACAUGAACUCGCCCAUGUUCCCCCUCUCCCAACAGAAAAAGAAAGUAAGCGCGGAUACCGAGCCAUCGUCACACAGUGGUAGUCAUGCAAGAAGGGGAGUGGAUGAUGGUGGUAGCGCAAGGCAAAAUCGUCGGGUGGACGAAGUAGAUGGUGCUAGAAUUGUGGGUCAUGGACGGGGGAGAGGGUACUUGACACGGUAUGUCCUGCUAGCAAGCAAGGAGAGGGGACUUGUGGAUGUAGAAGUGGAUGUGUUCCCUUGUCCUGCAUGCUCCGUGAAGAUAUGGGGUGGUGGAUGGGAACUGCGAGCCACGUGGGCAGAGAGGAUGUCUUGGAUAAAACAGCAGUACUACUCAGUAGAUCAAAAACUCCUGGGUAUCUUGACAGGCAUUUGGUCCCUUGCACCAACCUUGGCCUGCCUGACUGGUAGCGAGGGGACCCUGAGACGCAGAGUGGAUAACAGAUCGGGUUAG